AUGGGCCAAUUAUUAUCACAUCCAAUUGAGGAUAAAACCAUGGAGCAUAAGUCAUAUGAUACAAUUACGUAUUGCAUAGGACUGAUGCAAGGGUAUAGAAUGAGUAUGGAAGAUGCUCAUAAUGUGAAGGUGAAUGAGGAUGAAUCCCUUGCUGUGUUUGGUGUUUUCGAUGGUCAUGGUGGGAAGGCAUGCGCUGAAGUUGUGAGUGACAAGCUACCAACUAUGGUUUUUAGAGAUUUGAGUCGUUUGUUGAGGAACGAGAAUAGAGAGCUAGCAUCAUACAUGAAAGUACUAAAGGAUUCGUUUUUUAAGAUUGAUCGAGAUCUAACGAAUGAGGACUCAUCCAAUUGUGGUACAACUGCGAUUAUCGCAUCAAUUAUAGCCAAUGAGUACAUAAUUGUGUCCAAUGCUGGUGAUUCAAGAUGUAUAAUGUCUUUAGAAGGGGGUGCACCUAAGACUUUAUCGUUUGACCAUAAACCGUCCACCAUGGGAGAAAGAGUGAGAAUUGAAAACAGUGGGGGAUAUGUCGUGAAUGGCAGGGUGAACGAGAUUUUAGCAUUAUCUAGAGCAUUUGGCGACUUUAAAUUCAAAUUGCCCUACAUGGAUAUGCUGAAUAACCAAAACAGAUAUAUUGCAGCGAAUAAGAAAUAUUUUAAACAUGAUUUAAUUCAUUUACCGCCUGAAUUGUUUCUGGUCAGUGUGGAACCGGAUGUGGUAGUUUAUGACUUGAAGAGCUUAAAGCAACCCGAGUUUGUUGUUUUAGCAUGUGAUGGAAUUUGGGACUGUUAUACUAAUACUAAGUUAAUAAAGAUCAUAAGAGACAAGCUAAGCUUGGACUGGAAAAUACAUCAUAUAACAGAAUUCAUUUUGAAUGAUUGUGUUGGAAUGGCUAACAAUGUGACAGGCAUAGGUUUUGACAACAUGACUAUUAUAAUUGUUGCUGUACACCAUAAUAGUAAUAUUGAUGAGUGGUAUGCAACUAUGAAAAACCGAGUUUUAAAAGAGAAGGGACUUCUUUAA